GAUUGCAAAAAAAUUGCAUUAGUAUGCUUUUUCCAGCUUGAAUACAGAUUAUUCUUCUCUAUUAGCAUUUGACUAGGAAAGAUGAGCAAGCUAUGGAAGAAGAUGUCAUCAAAUCAGGCACUUGUUUUCUUGAAUUUCCUGGAAUCCUUUCAGAACAGUUAGCAUGUAAAUCUAAUAUUGAUCAAGAUGGCCAAUGCAAGUUUUCUCUCUUGGGACAAGUGCACAAAAAUAAUUCAAACUCUUGUGGAAAUCCUAACAAGGAUAUACUUUUUUCUCAAUCAAAAUUGUGCAUUAAUGAAGAGCAAGUGCCAAAAUGUGCUGCACAUCAUGUAGAACCAUCACAUGAAGCUGCACCAGUCAUCACUCUUAAAGACAAACUACCAUGUGAAAUGAAAUUGAAUGCAAUGGUGUCAAAUAAUUUUGAGCAUGAUGGAACUUUGGAAGAAAAUAUUUGCCAUUCUACCCCAAAGCUAAAUCCCAAGUCUACUUCUGCUUGGAAGUAUGAAAUAGAAUCAACUGUUGAUUGGGAUGUUAAGCUGCUCCCAUGUGAUGAUCAGCGAAGUCCACCUGAUGGUGGUGAAUGUUCUCAGACAGGCAAAUAUUCCAGUGGGUUCUCCAGCCUUGAUGAUAAUGAUACCUCAGCUGAAAAUGCUGCCUUGUGCAUCAAGGCAGAUGCUGAAACAAUUGCUGUUAAGCUACUCUCAAACAAAGCCUCAUCCAGCAGUGGUAGUGACUUGAUGGACAAGAUCUCUAUCAUUGACAUUGAAGGUAUUGAGCUGGAUUCUAUGCUUAUGCUUCAUUCUCCUACUGAAGAAAACAAUGCUGGUAUAUCUUCUAUGUGUUCACAAAGCAAGAAUCUUGCCAAAAAUGAAGCUGAAACUACUAAUGGUAGUGAUUAUUAUAAUUCAUCAAAAAUGAAUAAUGGUGCUUGUAAUGGGAAAAGCAUUAGGGCUUCAAUGACUGGCCAGCCAUCAAAAAUUCCUAAACUCCUAGUCAAUGCUAAUGUAAGACAUUCAUCUCUUUCUGCAAAGAAAAAACAAACUGUGUCCAAUCACAAAGGAGGAGUGAAAAAUAAUUUAGUGAAGUCUAAAAGCUUGAGUUCUUUUAAUCUUGCAUCUAUCUCUUCAUUGAAAGUUGCUACAUCUUCUACAUCACUUGUCCAAGCUGAAGAUGAUUUGUCCAUUUCAGAAAUGGCCUUCAAAAGGUCCAAAACUAAAAAAUUGGAAAAGAACAGCAGUUCCAAUUCAAGUUCUCUCAGUAGAUCUACAAGUUUGAAUAGUUUAGCAAGCUCCUCGAAAAAUAAUUAUAGCCAUGUCAAGAGUAAAGUGAGAAAGUACAUUGAGGACAUAAAGAAAAGCAACUCUUGUCAGUCAUCUCCUAGUAGAUCUCAGACUUGUAGUCCUGGAAACAAUGCAACUACUGGCAACUCUAACACUGUUUAUCUACUUAAUGAUGAUCUCAUAGAUGCACUGGAUUGCUCUCUGCCCGAUGACUUACAGGGGAUGGUUAAUCGCCUGGAGGCUGCCAGUGGAAGCCCCAUGUUGCUACGGAACCUCUUAAAGCAACUUGUCGAAGAACGCAAGUCAGUAAGUGCACUGAAGCAAAUGGUGGCUACACUCCAGCUUGACUAUGAUAAUCUUUUGGCCAAACAUUCUCAAUCACAGAACCUUAUAGAUAGCUUACGUUUGCAAGUAUCCACAAGUGAAAAUAAUUUAUCCCUCUUUAAUAAAAUUAACUUAUCAAAUGCCUUCCCUAGACAGCAAUACACUUCUAUAUUUGCUGGUCACAAUUCUCUCUCAAAUACAAUGGAUACUGGAUUGUCUCUAUCCCAACCAAACCUCAUUGACUAUACUUCAUAUCCCUUGAUUGAACCCAGUGUGGGAUUAUCACUUGAUGAAGCUGGUGCUGUGUGUCUUCUCCCUGCUCCAUUUGAAUGUAACCAAAGUAUUCCUCUUCUGCCAUCGACUAUUGAAAAUGUCAAGGGAGAGCUUAAAGAAUGUGAUAAUGCACCAAUCUUGGACAAGUGUAAUGAAGCUACAUCAAAAAGCAGCCUACUGAAAUCCAGAGAAAAUACGGAAACCCAAGAUUUUGAUGGGUCAAGAGAUAGUGCAAUGAGACAGGCAGCUUCCAACCUUGACAUGUCAAAAAACUCACAGAAUUUCAAUGCCAACCCUGAGAUUUCUCAUCCACAUUCCGAUGGAUGUGCUAAUACAGCCAGGCUUAUUAAGCUUCAAACACAAUUUCGAGACCUUGCAGCACUCCUGGCAUGCAAGGCUUUAAGCCCAAAAGAAACUGACAUUGUUUGGAAAUCGUUAGGAACAUCGUUGGCUGAGCUAUGCAGCAGUGCUGGCAAGUGUGGUGCAAGUUUGGCCAUGUCUUCUGAGCAGCUGAGGGAACUGUGUGCCGCAGCUCGCCUCAUUGCCUCCAAGUUCAGCCUGCCGUGUCCUGCUUGUGUGGCAACGGUGCUACAACCACCAUACCUUAAACGUACCCCUGAGUCUGCUGCCUCACAUGGAAAUCUCAGCAAUGCAAAAACUGUUCCUUUAAAGUCUGGUGAUGAAAGCAACUUGUCUUCCAUGAGCUGUGAAUUGGAGGGUUGGAGAAGUAAAAAGAGUGUUGAGAGCAAUGUGGGCAGUCCCUUCAGUAGCAACAUCACCCCUCACCUCAUCCCCUCCAGCGACUCAUCUCAGUUACCAAUGCUACCUGAUGCAGAGUCAUUGCCGGGUUUGUCUGAUGGCCCUGAGCCGUGCAACCUUGGCAGUGAGGAACUUCAGAAGUACAUUACAGAACUUAAGGUCACUGAUGUCAGCACAGUUAAAGCUUCCAUGGAACACCAACAACUCUCCACUUUGAUCUCAAAACCUCUACACAAUCUUGAGGACCUUGCUUCUUAUUCUCCUUCCAAGGAAAACACUUCAUUGCCACAUACUGCAAACAAAAGUGUUGAUGUUUCUGACAAGAAUUUCAACAGUGAGGAAGAGUCUGCCAAUUACACUGCAGCUGGCCGCUCAUUAAAGUCAUAUGGUCAUCAUAGGCAUCGAGAACUGCAUGAGCCAAGUUUACAUUUUGAAGCCACAUCUAAUGCAGCUAAUUCAUUUAUGGAAAAUUAUUCAAUGCAUCAUCAAAAUACUGAAAAUUCAGAGGUUUAUAAUAGUGACACUACCUGCCAGAACACUGUUGCCAACAGACCUGAAAUACUCAAGAAUUUUGAAACACACUUUAAGGGACUCGAAGGAAUGAAUUCAGAUUCAAAUUCACCAAACACUCAGCAUUUUUUUCUUGAGGCACAUUCAAAGGGUAUUAACCCUCAUCCAUAUUGCGUGGACAAUAAUUCUGUUGAAGGAAAAUUGUCUGAUUGCUUAGAUACCGAAAAUGCAUCGCUACAACCUGAGACGUCAAAUAAGGCUACUCAACGGAGUGGGCUGUCUGGACUCAGUGGUGGAACCUUGGGAGAGGAGGUAUCAAAGUUGCUCCAACUACCCUGCAUGACCGAUGGAACUCAUGAAUUAGUUUCAAGUGCUUCAAAUAUGACUGCUGCUAAAUUUACACAGAGCUCGCAACAUUGCUUACAACCAAGUGAAGGCCACGAAUCACCUUCAGGCAGUAGACAAGAAAUACACUUCCAAAAUACGGGCUUACAGAAUAACUUUAGAGAGUGUGGCAGGAGUCCAGUUGAUGGAAGCAUUGUUGUAAGAAACGAUGCACAUAAAAAUUGUCUCGUGACAGAUCGCACGCAUAAUCUCGAUUCUCUGACCAAUAUUACGAGGUUGCCAGCCACUCCAUAUAAAUCAGCUGAUCACUGUGCUUCAUAUUCAUCUCGUUUAAAUUUUGAUAGUAGAUUUACGUCAAAUUAUGGCAAAAGCUCGUUAUUGCCAAAGUCUUAUGAGGUAUUCCCUGUUCCAGCCUCUAACUCGUUAACAAAAAAUCUGAGUACGUCAGAAUCUGAUUGUUCUGAUGUCGGUGGAAAAAGUAAGAAGAGCAUGGGGCUGUUGUUGAAAACUUUACAAAAAGAUUUAGAGUCUUUGAAAAAAAGCAUUGACUCUAAGAAUUCGAUCCAUAGAGGUCAAGUGUCUGACAUAUCAGGACGAAGGAAAAAUAGAGGCCGAACUCCUCUGAAGGUCUUGCAUGAUGAUUUGAUCUCCAGUGGCACAGAAGCUGAUACGGAAGAUUUGCAGUCUCCUGAAAAGCUAAGGAUAGAGUCCCAGUUUUCUCAACAGUCUUAUGAUGACCUUAAUGACAGACUAUCCCCUAGACUGCUCCGAAAGUUUCCUUCGUGUAGUCAGCUGACUUUGGUUGACUUAGAUUCUCCAAUUCAGUACUGUCGAAGACGGAAACGCCGCAGCCAGAGUCUCCAAAGAUCAUCGCAACUUCAGCCUGAUAUGCUAUGUGAAGCUCAGUAUAUGACUUCGCCAAAACGUUACAAAUUUGGGACCAACAAACUGAAGCGAAACGGACCUUUGAAGCUCAACCGAGAAUUAUUCCCCAAGUUAAUCGAUGAAAGAUCUACAAACUAUGAUCAUGCUCAGAAUGAAGCCUCACUAUCACAGGACAUUCACGAUGCACUGGCACAUUCCGAGGUCAACCAGCCCAAGAGUUACGCCAUGAGGUUACCGCGCCCUCUUUCUCUGUCCACCUUGGAAUCACGCAGCUGCACGCAUCGGAGCCGGAGCUAUGAACGGAAUAGAAGUAAUGCUCAUCAAAUUACCCAACUCGACGCUUGCGACCAAACGUCGCAACGCAGCGAGUCUGGCUUGCUGUUCCAUCAGGUUUCCAGCUCUCCAAGAACCUGUCGUUCUGGAGCUAAUCCAUCGUCUCGCAAGUCUUUUGAAACGGAGCCUUUGAGAUUACAAUCUGCACCUGUUGCGCUGCCUCGUUGCACCUGCCGCAAAGAGAAUCACGAAGCUUAUUGGAACAACAAAUGGAUGCGAGGAACUUCACUAAGUUGUCCUGACAUUAGUCACUGUCAAAUGACUUGUCCCAUUUGUCGCAUGGCUCUGAAGAGCACGCAACUUUCCGUGGAUGCUGCCACAACGACGGCCAAUAGCAUUCACUUACGCUCCCGUGCUCUCUUGCGCUACCUGCGACGUGCGACUAAAGAUUAGGCACUUCUCUACUGUGGUGCGGACGUCUGGCUGUCAGGUACUAGUUUCGAGGCGGCUCUCUAGCCCCUUGAGGCAAGCUAUUCCUGGAAGUUAGUGCUAAAUUUGAGGUCACUCGUAGGUGUUUAAUGGGACCGAAUUUAUUCAAUGAUUUCUGUGUUUCGUUUUCUAUGCAUUCAUUGUGCUACAGCCAAGCAUUCGAGAUGAACUGAUGAAGUACUCAUGGGCGAGAACUUCUCUGACUCACUACGCGUUUCGGCUGAAACUUUUGCCCCGUUUCGGUGCAGCAAUGCGAUACAGAUAAGGUGCCACAUUUGGUAACUCCUGCUGCGUGCUUUCGUAUUUCCUGUCUAUAUACUUAGCUUUAUAGACAGUCUUUAUCGACCCUCGGCAGGCUGUAUUUUCUUACAAUACCUAGUCAUAAAAUUGGAAGUGAGGCGGUGUCAGGGAGGUAAGUUAAGAAGACCUUUUAUUAGGUGCGAGUUCAUCGCAUUAGCGAAUAUAACGCAUUACAGUGCAUAUGCUGUUAUUUGUUAUCCUAGUCCAUGUUAUAUUGUAAGAACAUUCGAAGCAGACGAUUCAUUGCUCUUUAUGAUUCGUAAUAUUCAAUUGGCAGCUGUGAACUCAUCGAUACUUGUACCGGUACGUUUCCCAGUGCCAUCAAGAUGAAUUUUUCCCUGCACUUUAACGCCUUAUGUGAUUAAUUUUUAUUAAAAAAAUGAAAAAAUAUUUUAGGAACCAAAUUUCUGAUUUUAUUCAUCUUAACUUAUUUGUGACGAUUGUCUGAGAUCCAUUUUCAGAUGGUGGACUAACUUAUAAGUGUAAAGUUAACUAUAAGAAUCAAAUGUUUAGCCUAAAUCUGACUAUGUUUUGUGUACAGAAUUCAUAUAUCACAACACCUUGCUUGAUACUACAGUGAGAAUAAGUACAAAUAAUUUUAAAUGGUCGCUUUAAUGAUACGAUCGUCGCUCACUUUGCCUCAAAAGAGACGAAGUUGUCUUGUUUCGGAGGAUUCUUUGUGAAUAAGUCGGUCCUUUGAGGCAAUGUAUUUUGUUUACUCUAAUGAGGUUUUACUUGCGCUCCUUAUUUGCUAUCCUGAUGCGGUGUGCACGCUAGCUUUAUCUAUGAAAUAUACAUUCUGAACUACCUCAGCCCUAAGUAAACUAAGCUCGUUACCAGAUAAACGGGAAAUAUUAUGUUGCGCCACCUACCAAGCAUUUUAUGUUUUAUUGAAACCAUUUCUCCACCGUUGAAGCCCUAUUCCUGUCAAGAUUGGGUGUUAAAGUUUUAUCAUGAUUCAUGGUUUACUUGUGUGAAUUUUGCCGGGUGUUUCGAUGCGUUGUUUGUUGCAAUCAACUACAGACGGUGCCAUUCCAGUGUCUACUUUUUUAAGAGCGGAUCGGUACUAUUUUUUUAUUUGUUAUUAUUUUUUAGAGAGAGAAGCUGUGCUGCUUAAACUUGUUCUUCAAUAUGCUAGUCAUAUCUCGAGCUGUAAGGUUGUGACUACAGCUAUCAUUCCGAUAGUUCAUACUGUAUAUUACAUAUUGCAUCACUUCUAUACUGAUUUGUUACUUUAGUUUUAAACUCUUCUCAUAGUUAAUGAUUAUACUUAGGAUUUCUUUUGUCAUUUCUGAAUACCUUUUCUCACAUGCUUAUGAUCUUCCCGCUAUAGUAGAGCGGCUCGGGUUAAGAGGUCAUUUAUGAGCUGUGAAUUGCAAUGUUAUCUGUUGACCUUCUGUUAUCUGUAAAGUUGCCGCCUUCAUGUUUCAAGUUAUGACCUUGAUACCUUCAAGUUUUGGCCUUGAUACCUUCAAGUUGUGGCCUUCAUCCUUCAAGUUGUGGCCUUCAUGUUACAGAAUAAUUUAAGUUUUUUUGUGAUAAUCAAAGAUUGAGCAUUUAUAAAAUAA